CGUGCCCAAAGAAACCGCAAUGGAGAGCGCCACGUUUCUCCCCUCCCCUCCAUUCCCUUCACCAAACCCUAACCCUAACUCUCUCCCCUUCUCACCCCCUCGCCUUCGCCCUCCAUCCCUCGAUCGCGGCCCGCGAUGUCUCUCCCCGACGCCGCCACCACCGCCGCUUCCCAGAGGAAUCCCCAACCGCCCUCGCCGGAGGACAAGCCAGAGGAGAGCGACGACGACUUGUUCACGGUGCCCGACGUGGAGUCGGGCCCGAGCAGCUCGGGAGCAACGGCGGCGGCGGCGGAGAUCCUGCAGAGCACCAGCAGCGGCGGCGGCGGGUCUGGGCCCUCCAAGAGCCGCCGGGGCCGGAAUCCAGCGGACCGGGAGUACCGAAGGCUGAAGAGGUUGCUUAGGAACAGGGUUUCUGCUCAGCAAGCUAGAGAAAGAAAGAAGGUUUAUGUGAAUGACCUAGAAUCCAGAGCCAAAGAGUUGCACGACAAAAAUUUGAAGUUAGAAGAAAAAAUUUCAACUUUGAUCAACGAGAACACUAUGCUUAGGAAGGUUCUUAUGAACACCAGGCCUAAAGUUGAUGAAGGUAUUGAGCCACAAAAUGAUGUGCCAGGCAACAGUUAGCAAUUAGGAUAUCCAAGUUACUGUUUCACGAAUUAUUGUAAGAGAAGAAGUGAAUAUAUCAAAACUAUACAUUGGGAGUUUGUCAUAUCUUGAUGUGGAACUAGACUUGUUUGCUAUGUUUAUGAUUACUUAACCAUGUCUUCCUUGACAUUGUUCCGCUUUUUCCAAUUUGUCAGAGUUCUUUGUAAACUCUGUUUGCUUAC